AUGACUUCAACAACUGCUACCGUCUCUACUCUCUCUGAUCUCCUCAGUGACUACGGUCCUCGCCUUGACCCAAGGGCCGUACGUAAGGCGGCCACCUCCUCCACCAUAACUCAACCUCUCGUGAAUGAUUGCAUUACUUCACUUGUUAGCAGCGAAGACGUUUCUCAGCGCGGGGCGGCCUUAGUCCUCAUUGGAGCGCUGGCGGACGCGACAGACGCCCGCCUGAUGGGAGCGUUCGAUAACGCCGUCUCGGCACUAUGUCGUGGCUUGACCUCCGAUACAGCUUCCGAUCUCAGGCUGCUCCCUCUCACUAUCAGGACCCUUUUCGAGGUCCUCAGUAGUGGGCCAGCGGAGAGCACUAAGGUCAAAGGGCAGGCACUGAACAAGGUUAUUGAUCUGUGGGAGAAACUACAGGCUGGUGGCUACAGUGAAGUUAUAGUAGCUGCCAUUACCCCUGAGGUGCUAGAGGGGGUUACGAUACUCCUUCGUAAAGGGACGUACAAGCCCAACAAACCCACAGCUGGUCGCCUCAUGACCAUGCUCGUCCCUUUUGUCCUCGAUGAUAACAGUGCCGCCCUACUGCGUAUGGAGGCAUGCAAUGUCAUCCUCGCCUUGCCAGCAGCCAAGAUUGGCGACGUUGGUCCCGACACCCACACAGGGGUCCUGGUAGACGUCCUCUCUGGUGAGGUUAAUGUGAAGCAGAAGGCAUCUCCCGAACAUUUGGUGAAGGUCUGUCAGCUCGUAAGGACUCUAUUGCGCUGCGGUAAAUGUCAAGAACUGCCCUUCAAGAAGUUGAUGAAGUUUCAGCACAUCUGCACUCGAGCUCUACUCCUCCAUGCUCGUCAGAGGACCUUUGAUGCAGGCCUUGCUCGCUCCUUAGCCACUCAGACUGUCGGCCUCCUCUACGACAUAUGUGACCAGCUUGGAACUGGCUUCGUCAGCCUUCUAUCUACUAUUCUCGUCAAGAGGCAUGUACAGCCACUCCUAGAGGGCCUCGCUGAUAUGCCCACAGAGGUUGCCAACCUGUUGUCCUCGGAUCUGGACCGUCUCAUCACUGCAUAUCCCAGUCUGGCUCUGGUCGACCAAAGUCUACACAAGGUUGCCCUCUCGCUGGGCCCGUCCAACAUAUUGGCUACCCUCUGUCGCCUGUCCCAGCCUGCCCCCGAGAUCCUAGGGGAAGUUGCUGGCAGUGCUAUGCGGAUCUUGUUGGAGGCGCGCUCUGAUGAAGAGGAUCUCAGCGUGGCUACUUCACUACUACAUGCCUGUGGAGGCCUUUUAACGGAGGCUGGCAUGGGAGCGGCUGCAGCCGGGCUACUCUAUCGUAGGGGUUUGCCUGUUCCCGCCACUCUGAAGGCUCAUGCCCCCGCGUCCUCCAGCACUAAGAUCGGUCCUAGUGUAUGUGACGAGUUUACCACGGCGUUGAUGAGCUCGUUGAAACGGCAUCGAGACGAGGAACUCUCUGAGGAAGCUGAUAACAAGAAGCCUCGGACUGAGCAAGAACAUGAGGAGGCGAAGCCCAGUAGUACCACCACUACUGCAGGCAACCCGUUCGGUAUUACUAUCGGUGGAGUGGCUGUGGAUGCUCAUGAGGACCAUACCAUUGAACGAAAAGUCAUUACAUCACUCAGCCCUUCAGCGGAAGAGGCAGUGCAAGUGCCCGUUGUAGAGUCACCAGUAACUCCUGCUAUUGCCGUUACUCGUGAAGAUGAUGAUGAUGACGAAGUACCUUCAAGUUCACCUCCUCCCUCGGAAGACAUCCUACAGACGCCCGAAUCGGACUCAGACACAAUGAGUGAUGUGCCGGACCUCUGUAUGGACCCCCCUGAUGAUGACGACGACGAGGCAGUAGCAGCUGCGACUGACGAGUGA